CUGAUUGCUGAGGGGGCAUUGACUGGGUUAUCGUACUUGAAAGGGGCAGAUCGGCAGUCUCUAAAAUGAAAUUUCUCGUUUAAAAGCACCCAGCUUUUAAGCAAAAAAGGCUACGUUUUUUUUUUUUUUUGCCUCAGUUUAAAAAAAGCAUCCUGCAAAAAUGAACCAUCCUCGCCCAGGAUUCCUUGCAAACUACAACAGCCUAACAGACAAGCACCUGGCAGGCUAUUUCAGCAACACCAGGAUAAGACGUCACCUGCAGAGAUCAGGGCUGAUCUCAAGAAGUGGAAGGAUAAUAUCUGAGAAGGAAUAUCGCUUAAAUACCAUGAAGAAGGACCACCAGAAAUAUAUCCGGGAAUGUUUGGCUCAGGCCAUAUUCCACAAAGUCCUUGACAUGGAACGUCAUCACCAGAUUGAAAUAAAAAGAAAACUUGAAAAUUUGGUGAAGAAAGAUCGCGCUCAAAGAAUAAAGGUGGAACGAUCAAGAAGGUCAGCAGAAGACACACAUUUCCUGCUUUCUCCACACCCACCCACUGCACCAAAGAAGCAUUUUGGGCACCGCAAAUUAGGUGACAGAGGACAAUCAGGUCAUUUGGCUACCAGUCCUCGACCAAGCACUGCACCAGGAAACAUACAGCAUCCAGUCCGACUGCAGCCACUUUACAGCAAUGCCAUGGCAGAACCGAUUUUCAAGACUGCUUCAAGUUCCAGACCAAAGUUCUCAACGUGUGAAAAAGUGCAUCGUUUUGCCAGUGGGGGAGAGAGAGGUUUGUUAAGACCAACGUAUUCAAUGGAUUAUUCAUCUGGAAUAUCCCCAUACCAGCUUCCCAUCAUUAACAAUUAUGUGAUACCUAUACCACCUUCACCCCCCAAAACUGAGAAAAAUAUCAAUAUGAUGAAAUUUGGAACAUCAAGAAGUCGACGAUACCGUCCAACAACUGCACCAAAUGGUUUGGAACAAUCAUUAAUGAAGGACACAGGCAAGUUCUACAAGCCUCUACACACCAACGCAUAUGUUACCAUGAUGUAUUUGGGGAAAAAUGUGCACUUGUGCCAUGACCUUUUUGAUCGCCGAGAUGAAAUAAAAAUAUAUCAACAGCACUGUGGAGGAGAAAAUGUUUGUGUAUACAGAGGCAAAGUGCUGGAGGGAGAUACUUUCCACUUCACCUCCAAACGGCACCAUGGCUUUCCCUUUAGCCUUACCUUUUAUCUCAAUGGAAUGCAAGUGGGCAGGUUAAGUUCUUGCUGCGAAUACAAACAUCGGAAGGGUACUCGGCUAGGAGGCAAGCACGGACACUUUGGUUUUGUCAACGUGGAAAGAUCAUCUCCUUGUUAUAAGUGUAUUAUUGCAAUGGGUCUGGACAAAAAGCCUUUUCCACCCAAGAAAAAACUGUUAGAUGCAGAUGAAGAAAAAAAAGAUUUCAGGGGGAAAAAAGUGAGCUAUAAGCUAACAGACAAAAGCAUCGGUGCAGAGGAGAACAAAGACUCAGUGUCCAUGACUUCUUCACCUCCGGAAGAAGAAACAGAGUUUUCAGGGAGUUCCAUGGAAAUAGAAAUGGAGGUCCAGAGACGAAAAGGAGCCAGAAUUAAAUGGGAAAGGAACCUGAGGAGCAUACCUGAUUAUGCAUAUGAUGAAGAUUUUGAAGCAGAUGAAGAGAAAUCAGAUGAGAAAGUUAAUGAAGAAGGACAGGCUGAUGAUCAAAUGAAUGGAAUGUCAAAGUCACCCUCAGAUGAUGAAAAAGAUAAUUUAGAUCAUGAAAAGGAGAGUAAAAACUCAUCACGGAAAGCUUUGCAGGCCUCUGACAGUGAACGAGAUGAAAGUGAUGGAUACUCAGAGAGUGACUCAGGGGAAGAGAAACAAGGUAAAGCAGCUGAUUUGCAAAUGGUCACAGCUGCAAGAAAGAUUCAGUCAUUUUAUAGGAAACACAAAGGCGUACAGCAAAUUCAGAGAGCCCUACCAGGCAGGAAGUGUGUGCCUUCCCUCUCAUCCAGCAGCCUGGUGUAUAGCAGUGAAAAUGACUCUGACCAUGAAACAAGAAAGCAAGAUAAUGAUAAAGACAUACAUUCAGAAAAUGAAAAUGAAACCCCAAAGAAUGAAGGUCAAGAAACUAGUUUGGAGGAAGAGGACAUAAGUGCAACAGAAAAUGCAACAGACAAAAAUGGGUCCAGUACUUCUCAGGAAAACAUGAUGGAAACAAACCGUCAGGACAUUACUUUUGUCAGAGAGAUGCCCAAGCAUAUAGGAUCAGUAGAUAUGAAUGGAAGGGAAAACAGGGAAGAGAAUUUAUUAGUGCAUUUGGAAGGCAACAUUCCAGAAGCAGAGCACAGAAGCAAGGAACUUUCAAAUACUGAGGACAGAGGUGAGUUCAAAUCGGUCAAAGAGAAAAUAGCAGAAGCCAGUGAAAAAGAUCACCUUUUGAGCUCUGAACCUGAAGAUAGUUAUUCCAGUACAGAGGAGGAGGAAGAGAACACAAUUUCUGCUCAAGAUAAAAAUGAAGCGUCAGAUGGAGCAUCCUCAGCAGAAGAGUUGAAAAUGCUUGAAUCACAUAAGGCUGCGAUACAAACAGAACAAGAUAAGGAGAUCGUGGGCAAGGAAAGAACAUUUGAGGAAGAGGAACUUUUAGCUGAGGAAGGCCUCAAAGAAGCAGCUCUGGAAGAAUUAUCAGCCAAAAAUGUUGCAGUUCUGCCAGUGAUGCAGGCAGUAAAGAAUGAGCUACAGAUAGAAGUGACAGAACUGAAGAAAAAAGCAAUAGUUGAAUCGGUUCUGGAAAUGGACAAUACAGAGAAAGACAUAAUAUAUGAAGAAGGAGAACCAUAUGAGGGGAAGGUGCAAGUGGACAAGCUGAAGGGGACGGUAUUAGGAGACAGAGCUUGUAAAAGAGAGGAGAUGUUGGAGGGUUACCAGGUAGAGACAAAGGAAGUAGAGGGCAAUAAGUUCACCGAUGGGUUAAUGGCUAAUGAGAGAGAGCCUGGGGGGAAAGCAAAAGUAAUAGAAAAUAACAUUACAGAAAGCAGGUUUUUAGAGAGAGUUGAAUAUGUAAAUAUAGAACUGAAAAAUGAUUCCAUUGUGAAGGCACAACUGGAGGUAGAUAUUAUCACCAUACACAAAAAGGAAGUUGUCUCAGAAGUGUCAGUACUUGGUCGGGAUGGUCUUGUGGAGGAAGUUUCAUCUGAUCAAGUAGAUUCAUGCCUAACAGAAGAAGAAUUAGAAGAAACAUCUCAAGAAGUCAGCAAAAUGCAAAUUCUGUCUACCGGUGAAGAUACAGCACUAGAAAAACUAAACACCUGGAUGGAAGACCCCUUACUGGAUUGGAAAACUGAAAGGGGCACUUCACUAACAGAAGAAAAAAAUAAGGACCAUGGGGCAAAAGUGACAACUGAAAGAGAGGAGAAAGGAGAUAAGCCAAAUGCUGAAGGAGAUGCAGUUAAAGGCAAGCUAUUGGUUAACAAACUUGCACAGGAAGAAGAGAAUCUAAUGCAACCUCUGGAAGAAGAAAUUGAAGAGGAAUUGAUGGAACAGGUGCUAAAAUCUGAAAUGUCAGGUCCAGAAAGUAAGCUGGUAACUAAGAAAGAAGAGUUAUUUACUGAAGACACAAUUGAGCCAGAAGCUAUAGGGAUGGUGACUGAAGAAAUAACCAUGAACACACAGCAAGAAGGAGAGGUUGAUGGUGAAGAGUCAGGGAAGGAAGGAGAGGUUGAGGUUAAAAGGAACGCAGAAGCUGGAAUGACAAAGGAAGGAAGGAAAAGGGUACUUAGAGGGUAUGAGGAAGCUGAAGAAGCAGAGACACAAAGAGAAGUUGGGAGUAAAUGGAAGGCGGAAGUUGAAGAAGCAGAGGUGGAAAGAGAGGUGGUGGUUAAACAGAAGGCAGAAGCUGCAGAAGCUGGAAUGACAAAGGAAGGAAGGAAAGGGGUAUUUAGAGGGUAUGAGGAAGCUGAAGAAGCAGAGACACAAAGAGAAGUUGGGAGUAAAUGGAAGGCGGAAGUUGAAGAAGCAGAGGUGGAAAGAGAGGUGGUGGUUAAACAGAAGGCAGAAGCUGCAGAAGCUAGAAUGACAAAGGAAGGAAGGAAAAGGGUACUUAGAGGGUAUGAGGAAGCUGAAGAAGCAGAGACACAAAGAGAAGUUGGGAGUAAAUGGAAGGCGGAAGUUGAAGAAGCAGAGGUGGAAAGAGAGGUGGUGGUUAAACAGAAGAUGGAAGUUGAAGAAGCAGAGGUAGAAAGAGAGGUGGUGGUUAAACAGAAGGCAGAAGCUGCAGAAGCUGAAGUGAUGAAGGAAGGAAGGAAAAGGGUAUUUAAAGGUUAUGUGGAAGCUGAAGAAGCAGAGACACAAAGAGAAGUUGGGAGUAAAUGGAAAGCGGAAGUUGAAGAAGCAGAGGCAGAAAGAAAGAUGGUACUUAAAGGGAAGGCUGAGGUUGAAGAAUCAGAGAUAGAAAAAGAGGAGUCAUUUAAAGGGAUGGUUGAUGCUGAGGAGGCAGAGGCGGGGAAAAAGAUGGUACUUAAAGGAAAGGUGCAAGCUGAAGACACAGGGCUGAAAAGAGAGGUAGUUGAUGGGGAGGUGGAUACUGAGGAGGCAGAGGCAAGGGGAAGUGUGGUACUUAAAAGAAAACUGGAAGUUGAACACCCAUAUACAAAUGGAGAAGCGCUGUCUGUAGAUGCAAGACCUAAAGGACAAAUAGUUUCUGAUGUGAGCAUACAAAAAAUAGACGCUGUAACUGCAGAGAUGGUAACAGAUGCAAAGCAAGUAUCUGGAUCAUCUGCACAAGUAGUUUUAGGGGCUGGAGAAGAGAGCCAAGAAAGCAGAAAGGGUAAUGAAGCAAGACUCCAAGAUGAAGUGGAAACAUCUGAAGACACAUUAAGAGCAGAAACAUCAGUUGAUGCACUGUUGCAGAAUGAAAUGGUUCCUGUUGAGGAUAAGGAAGAAGCUGAGGAAGCAGGAACUGAAGAAGAAAGGAUGGGAGAAGAACUAAUCCCUGUAAAGUAUGUAGAGGAAGCACUGUUGUUUGGGAUACAAAAGUUAAUCACUGAAGUAUCACAGAUUAGUGUGGAAGCUAUGAAAGAUGGAUUUGAAGAUUUAGUUGAACAGAUGUCAUCUCAUGAGGAUAUCAAAAGGGAGGACAUUUUUGUGCCUACAGUAGAAAGGCAGAUUUCUCUGAGUGACAACUCUGAGGAGAGAGAAACCAAAGAGCUUAGGAAAGUAAUCCAUUUGGAGGAAAAAGACAAAAGUGGAAAGAGCCAAAUAAAACAGGAAGAAUCUCAAACACAAAAUUGGCCAGUGGCAGAAAACUUUCCUGUCAACACAAAAGACUCUGAAACUGAGCAGCAACAAAACAUCACUGCACGAAUGAUCUAUCUGGAGGCUCGUAUAUCCUCUGACAUAGAAGACAGGAACUAAUGGUGAAGAAUGCAUUGGGAUUCGAUGUUCCAGUCUUGCCAUCAUUGCAGUCCUAAGAAAUAGCAGGGAUUGGGGACUCACUUGCACAUUGUCUUCACUUCUGCUGCUUUUAUUUCCUGCUUUCCAUUAUUAUUAUUAUUAGCAACUUUUAAACAAAUCACUGUAGAUUGGUGCUGGCUGGGAUAUCUGCUGUCUUCUUUCUCUCUUUUAUUUGAUUAGUAGCAUAAAAAUAUGUCACUUUGCACCAGAGCAGCUCGAGACAAGCGAAACAAGUCACUCUAACCCCUUUUCAGAAAUAGCGCUCCCUUAUAAUUAUGAAGAUAAUAAUCAUGAAGCUCCUCCAACAGCUGCCACACUUUUCUUUUGGAAAACUGAGAAUUAUUACUUUAAUGGAACUUUGCAAAAAAAAUAAAUAAAUAAAUUCUCCCAGCUAAUUGUAGUGAGAGGGCCACAGGAGGAACUUGCCUAAGAUAAUAAAGCACCUGCAAGGCAAUCUGAGAACUUGUAGAGACUGGUGAUUGUAUCCGCUUUCCCCUUCUACUAUUUGUGUCUUGUUUAUCUUUUUGGACAGUAAGCUCUUUGUCAAGAUGAGAGCUGUGUGUUACAGAAGAAUGUGGGGCAUAUAUACUUGGAUUAGUUCUCUCAUGGUUCAGAAUGUAAAUCUCAAAUGAUUAUUUAAAUUGGAACACUAAUGAUGGAGGCCGCUUUGUUCUUAAUGUUGAUUGGGCUCCAUAAACAGAAGA